AAUCUAAUGGCCGAAUCAAGCAUUCCAAAUUCUUGCAGCUCGCAACGAUAGGAAUUAAUGGAAGGCCCUCAAAUCGCACAGUCGUUUUCAGAGGAUUUGAAGAGGGCACCGAUAAGAUCCAUAUUUACACGGAUUCUAGAACUCGCAAGGUUCUUCUUCUACGGGGAGGCUCUAUAUUUCCGUCUUAUAUAGUUCGAUUCAUGCGGCCAUUGCUUUUUUCUAUGGUUUUUGAUGCAAUGAUUAUAUGGGCUUCUGGAUUUUGAUUGCACAAUGUGGUCAGGGUUUUUUAUAUGUGCCAAUAAGCAUCUGAGUUUUGUCCUGCAAAUGAAUUUCAAUUUUUGGUUGAUUCUGCAGAUUGAAGAGCUUAAGAAUUGUCCAUUUGCCGAGAUUUGUUGGUAUUUCACCGAGUCAUGGGAGCAAUUUCGUAUCAGUGGGAGAAUUGAAGUUGUUGAUGCGUCAUGUCUUGAUGCCACAAAGUUUAAGCAAAGGGCAGAAGCCUGGUCCUCCAUUUCUCCAAAGUCAAGAUUGCAGUAUUUGGGGCCUAGUCCAGGUCUUCCUUACCCUGGUGAACAACCAGUCAAGGAACCUUUUGUAGAUUCUUAUUCUGGUCCUGUUGAUUCAUUUUGUUUGCUGGUCUUCAAUCCUGAUCAGGUCGAUUAUCUAAAUCUGAAGAGUGAAGAAAGGAAUUUGUUUAAAGCUAUUCCAAGUUUUGGAGGGGAGAAAUUAUGGGAAACGGGGAGGAUAAACCCUUAGCAAUUGCACCCCGAUUUGCAUUUAUAUAUACUGAUAAUAAGCUGCUAUCUUCAAAUCAACUGAUGCAAGUUAAAAGUUACUCGUAUGUGUAAAAAAUAAUCCGAAACCCUUUGGUUGUUAGUACUGAUGACUUGAUUGGUUUCAAUUUCUCAUGUCGCAUAUUGUUAGUUAUGAAAACAUCUUUAAUUAAU